CCAAUCAGGUAGAGCUAUUUAAAAUUCAAAAGUGGAGCUUAUAGUGGGUAGAAUUUGAAAAGCAAUCAUCAUGGAGCCUUCUUCAUCUUUGACUAGAAAACACAGGGAGAAAGUAAUUUCCCUGACCCAGAACAAGGAGAACAAGCCUCCUCCCUCGAUUAAAGUGAAAGCAGGAGCAGCACCUCGAGCAGGACUCAAGACAAAAGAGAAGUACAAGCCCCCUGUCCCUGGUGUAGCGCAGAAGACACUAAUACUAACGAACUCCAAGAAAAAGAAGAAAGAGCAGCCAGUACUUCAAGUCAAGCCAUUACACUGCAUCAGGGAAACGCACCUUUAUGAUGAGCAUUGGAUAAGAAAAGAAGAAAGAAGUUUUAUGAAGUGGUCAAACUUUGUGCUUGCUCCAACAGAUCAGUGUGGUAAUGUCCUGCCAACUCAAGGCAAAUCAGCUCCUUUAAAGUCAAUGCUAACAUUUGAUGACACAAGUCCAGUCAGUUUAGCAUCAUCAACAGCUCCUACAAUUCUCUCUCAGCAGAGGCAGGCCUCAAGAAGAAGACAAGCUUGUUCUCGGUUGUAUGAGUCUGAACCUUGUACUCACGUCCUGUCAAGACUUGAGAUUGAGAUAGAGGCCGGGAGACUCUCAAUCAGACCAGAAUAUAGCCCUCACUCUGAUGUUGGGAAAAGAGAGUCACUACUUCAGUUGUUUCUUAACUAUAACCCUGUGUGGUUGCAACUAGGAUUAGAAGUUAUAUUUAGUGAACAGAUCAUAGUAAAUGAGGAGAGUUCUCUUCCACAGACUCUCUCUCUUUACAUUCAGUCCCGAAUACUUAGGAACAGUCAGAUUGUUGAUAGAUAUUAUCAUUCAUCAGUUCCUGGACGCUAUGGCAAAGGUCUUAAUGAAGCAAUAUGUCAAUAUGUAUUGAAGAAGUUCCUUUCACUUGUUCUCUUAUUGGAUAAAGCUAAACUAACACGUCUUAUUGAUUAUGAUCCUUGCCUUUUUUCCAAAGACUCUUCAGUAAAGUCAAGUCGUGAGCUUCUCCUGACUUUUUGUCGGGAUUUUUUAUCAAGCGAAGGAGAUCUCAUUCGUCAUCUUCAGUAUCUGAAUUACAGCGUCUCUGUUGUUCAGCAUCCAAUAGACGAGUUUGAUUUCAGUAUUACUAAUAUUGCAACUGACCUUCAGGAUGGUCUGAGAUUAGUGAGAUUAUCUGAGAUAUUAACUAGUCAAUGGGGACUAUCAUCACAAGUUAGAAUACCAGCAUCAACCAAAGCACAGAAACUGCACAAUGUUGAGCUUGCACUGAAAUGUCUAUCGGGACACAUGACAAUACCAGUUGGUACCACCAGUUUGAAUAUUGUCGAAGGGCACAGAGAGAAGACACUGGGCUUACUCUGGUCCAUCAUAUUUCACUUCAAAAUUAAAAUUAAAUUAAAUUUCAAAGACCUCAAGGAAGAGAUUGCUUACCUCUCAACCAGAAAGCCACAUCCCAUUGCUGCAGAGUACUACAAUCCUCGUCACUCCUCUAUUGAGCCCAGUCUGUUCUUUACAGCACCAGAACUGAAUGUAUUGUUGGAAUGGUGCAGGGCUGUAGGGAAGCUCUAUGGUGUGCCAAUAAACAAUUUCAAUUCAUCGUUUUCUGAUGGUCGUAUGUUUUGUUACCUGAUACAUCAUUAUCAACCAGGACUCCUCCCACUUGAUCGCAUUACUAAUGAAACUAGUACUUCACAAAGACUGAUGGCAGAACCACCUCCUCCUUCUGUCCCUGAACCAGUUGAAGAAGAUUUCACUAAUGGAUGGACUGCUAGCUUUAGUCCAACAACUGGUAGAGACAAAGACAAAGAGAGAUUAUUAGCUAAUGAGAAGUCAAAUUUCAAAUUAUUGUCACAAACGCUGCCAUUGCUUGGUGGUGUACCAAUGUUGGUUCAUUCCAAAGACAUGUCAGACACACUGCCAGAUGAAAAGGUUGUGAUAUCAUUUGUUUCCUACCUCUGCCAUCGACUGAUGAUACUGAGGAAAGAGACAAGAUCUGCUGUAGUUCUACAGAGAGCUUGGAGGAAGAUCAAACAAAGAAAGAGAGAACGUUGCCUCAUGAGUCUUAGAAAUAAUGCUGCCACUUUUAUUCAAGCCACUUUCAGAAGAUUUAUUGCAAAGAGGAAGUAUUCUCAGUUGCUUUCUGCAACACACUGCCUUCAGGUCUUAUGGAGAGCAAAAAGAGAUGGACGACGACAGAGAAGAAUCUUUUUAGCCAAAAGAAGGGCUGCCGUUAUCCUUCAACGAGCUUACAGACAUCACAGAGCAAUAAAAGAAGAUCGAGCAGCCAAGCUCAUCCAGACUUGCUAUAGAGGCUAUAUUUGCCGAUCAGCUUAUCUUAAGAUGAGAACAGCAGCUAUCAUUCUCCAAUCAAGCAUUAAGUCUUACUUAUCAAGAAAGCAUUAUGUAGCAUUGAAGCAAUCAGCACUGAAGCUACAGGCUUAUUGGAGAGCAACGCUCCAGUCUAGAAGAGAAAGGGAACAAUACCAGCAACUGAGGGCAGUGACCAUUGCAACUCAGGCUCGGUAUCGGGGAAAGAAGAUCCGUGAGAGAUUCGUUAGUCAGAGGAAUGCAGCUAUUAUUAUACAGGCUAUUUAUCGUGGGUAUUUAUCAAGAAAGCAUUAUUUUAAGCUAACCCUCAGUGUUAGUGUGAUUCAAGCAUACUGGAGAGCCACACUUAAGGCUAGAAAAGGAAGACAGAGUUACCUUCGAUCAAAACAAGCUGCCAUUGUUAUACAGUCUCACUUUCGAAGAUGGCAAGUCCAACAGCAGUUAUCUAUUCAACAUAAAGCAGCUACUCUCAUUCAAUCGCAUGUUAGAGGAUACAUUAGUAGGUCUCAUUAUCAUUGUCUAAAGCACAGCACCAGUACCCUCCAAUCAUACUGGAGAGCAACACUCUUAGCUAGAAAAGAAAGAGAAUGUUUCCUUCAACUAAAGCAAGCUGUCAUUAUCAUACAGUCCUACUUUAGGAGGUGGCAGUUAGCUAUUGCAAAGUGGGCAGCAACUCUUAUACAAUCAAUAGUCAGGGGCUACCUCUCAAGGCAUUAUUACCUCACUGUCAAGGCUAAAGUCUCUUUGAUUCAGUCACACUGGAGAGCUACACUGUUAGCGAGACAUGAGAGACAGAGUUAUCUUCAAUUGAAGCAAUCAACCAUCAUAAUCCAGUCUUACGUUAGAAGAUGGCAAGUUCAGCAACAGUUAGCUAUUCAACAUAAAGCAGCUACUCUCAUUCAAUCACGUGUUAAAGGAUACAUUAGUAGACAGCAUUAUCAGAACUUUAGAUUGCAUGUGGUUCUCCUUCAAACAUACUGGAGAGCAACACUCCUGGCAAUGAAGGAAAGAGAGAAGUAUCUUCAUUUUAAACAAGCUGCCACCAUGCUACAGUCUCAUUUUAGAAGAUGGCAAGUUCAACAGCAGCUGUCUAUCCAACAUGAAGCUGCUAGGCUCAUUCAGUCACAGUAUCGUGGACACACUGCCAGGCAUAACUAUCAAGCUACCAGAGCUAAGAUCAUUCUACUGCAAUCACACUGGAGAGCAACACUCUUGGCAAGAAAGGAGAGAGAAGACUACAUCAAUAAGAGAAGAGCAGCCAUCACAUUACAGUCUCACUUUAGAAGAUGGAAAGUCCAAAAGCAGUUAGCUAUUCAACAUAAAGCAGCUACUCUCAUUCAAUCACACAUUAAAUGUCACAUUGCAUCACAGAAUUUUGCUACUCUAAAGUUAAAGGUCAUUCGCCUUCAAGUUUAUUGGAGGGCAACACUCUUAGCAAGGAAAGAAAGAGAAAGCUACCUAGACAAGAGAAGAGCUGCCAUUCUUAUACAGUCUCAUUUUAGAAGGUGGCAAGUUCAACAGCAGCUAUCUCUACAGCAUCAGGCAGCUACUCUCAUUCAGUCACUGUAUCGUGGAUACAGUAGAAGACAGCAUUAUCUGGCAAUGAGGAAUAGUGCUUUAUUGAUACAGUCAUAUUGGAGAGCUACUGUUGCAUGUAGGAGAGAAAGAGAAGCUUACCUACAACUGAAGCAUGCUACAAUUACUUUACAGUCUCAUUUUAGAAGGUGGCAAGUUCAACAGCAGCUGUCUAUCCAACAUGAAGCUGCUAGGCUCAUUCAGUCACAGUAUCGUGGAUACACUGCCAGGCAUAACUAUCAAGCUACCAGAGCUAAGAUCAUUCUACUGCAAUCACACUGGAGAGCAACACUCUUGGCAAGAAAGGAGAGAGAUGACUACAUCAAUAAGAGAAGAGCAGUCAUUAAAUUGCAGUCUCACUUUAGAAGAUGGCAAGUCCAAAAGCAGCUGUUUUUACAGCAUCAGGCAGCUACUCUCAUUCAGUCGCAUGUCAAAUGCUACUUUGCAAUGCAAAAAUAUUUGUUACUCAAAUCUAAAGUCAUUCUGCUUCAAUUGUAUUGGAGGGCAACACUCUUGGCAAGGAACAAGAGAGAGGAGUACCUAAAGAAUAGAAGAGCAGCCAUUACAAUCCAGUCUCAUUUUAAAAGAUGGCAAGUCCAAAAGCAGUUGGCCAUUCGACAUGAAGCAGCUACUCUCAUUCAAUCGCAUGUUAAACGUUAUAUUGCAUCACAGAAUUUUGCUACUCUAAAGUUGAAAAUCAUUUGCCUUCAAGCAUAUUGGAGGGCAACACUCUUAGCAAGGAAAGAAAGAGAAAGCUACCUAGACAAGAGAAGAGCUGCCAUUCUUAUACAGUCUCAUUUUAGAAGAUGGCAAGUUCAACAACAACUGUCUAUCCAACAUGAAGCUGCUAGGCUCAUUCAGUCACAGUAUCGUGGAUACACUGCCAGGCAUAACUAUCAAGCUAUCAGAGCUAAGAUCAUUUUACUACAAUCACACUGGAGAGCAACACUCUUGGCAAGAAAGGAGAGAGAAGACUACAUCAAUAAGAGAAGAGCAGUCAUCACAUUGCAGUCUCACUUUAGAAGAUGGCAAGUCCAAAAGCAGCUGUUUUUACAGCAUCAGGCAGCUACUCUCAUUCAAUCGCAUGUCAAAUGCUACUUUGCAGCGCAAAAAUAUUUGUUACUCAAAUCUAAAGUCAUUCUGCUUCAAUUGUAUUGGAGGGCAACACUCUUGGCAAGGAACAAGAGAGAGGAGUACCUAAAGAAUAGAAGAGCAGCCAUUACAAUCCAGUCUCACUUUAGAAGAUGGAAAGUCCAAAAGCAGUUGGCCAUUCAACAUGAAGCAGCUACUCUCAUUCAAUCUCAUGUUAGAGGUCAUUUAGCAUCACAGAAGUAUGUUACUCUAAAGUUAAAGAUCAUUCAUCUUCAAGCUUAUUGGAGGGCAACACUUUUAGCAAGGAAAGAAAGAGAAAUCUACCUAGACAAGAGAAGAGCUGCCAUCACAUUGCAGUCUCACUUUAAAAGAUGGCAAGUCCAAAAGCAGUUGGCCAUUCAACAUGAAGCAGCUACUCUCAUUCAAUCUCAUGUUAAACGUUACAUUGCAUCACAGAAUUUUGCUAAUCUAAAGUUGAAAAUCAUUUGCCUUCAAGCAUAUUGGAGGGCAACACUCUUAGCAAGGAAAGAAAGAGAAAGCUACCUAGACAAGAAAAGUGCUGCCAUUUUUAUACAGUCUCAUUUUAGAAGAUGGCGAGUUCAACAACAACUGUCUAUCCAACAUGAAGCUGCUAGGCUCAUUCAGUCACAGUAUCGUGGAUACACUACCAGGCAUAACUAUCAAGCUAUCAGAGCUAAGAUCUUUCUACUACAAUCACACUGGAGAGCAACACUCUUGGCAAGAAAGGAGAGAGAAGACUACAUCAAUAAGAGAAGAGCAGCCAUCACAUUGCAGUCUCACUUUAGAAGAUGGAAAGUUCAGCAACAGUUAGCUAUUCAAGAUGAAGCAGCUACUCUCAUUCAAUCACAUGUUAGAGGCUAUAUUGCAGCCCAGAAAUAUUCUUAUUUGAAACUAAAGGUCAUUCAUCUUCAAGCUUAUUGGAGGGCAACACUCUUAGCAAGGAAAGAAAGAGAAAGCUACCUAGACAAAAGAAGCGCAGCCAUCACAUUACAGUCUCACUUUAGAAGAUGGCAAGUUCAGCAACAGUUAGCUAUUCAACAUGAAGCAGCUACUCUCAUUCAAUCACAUGUUAGAGGCUAUAUUGCAGCCCAGAAAUAUUCUUAUUUGAAACUAAAGGUCAUUCAUCUUCAAGCUUAUUGGAGGGCAACACUCUUAGCAAGGAAAGAAAGAGAAAGCUACCUAGACAAAAGAAGCGCAGCCAUCACAUUACAGUCUCACUUUAGAAGAUGGCAAGUUCAGCAACAGUUAGCUAUUCAACAUAAAGCAGCUACUUUCAUUCAAUCACAGUAUCGUUGUUAUCAUACAAGGCAGACAUAUUUAUACAUGGUAGCUCAAAUUAGCAUUCUUCAGACCUACUGGAGAGCCACAGUCCAGGCUAUAAAGGAAAGAGAGAGUUAUCUUCAGUUAAAACAAGCUGCCAUUGUUAUACAGUCUCAUUUUAGAAGGUGGCAAGUUCAACAGCAGCUAUCUUUACAGCAUCAGGCAGCUACUCUCAUUCAGUCACAGUAUCGUGGAUACAGUAGAAGACAGCAUUAUCUGGCAAUGAGGAAUAGUGCUUUAUUGAUACAGUCAUAUUGGAGAGCUACUGUUGCAUGUAGGAGAGAAAGAGAAGCUUACCUACAACUGAAGCAUGCUGCAGUUACUUUACAGUCUCAUUUUAGAAGGUGGAAGGUUCAACAGCAGCUGUCUAUCCAACAUGAAGCUGCUAGGCUCAUUCAGUCACAGUAUCGUGGAUACACUACCAGGCAUAACUAUCAAGCUAUCAGAGCUAAAAUCAUUCAACUGCAAUCACACUGGAGAGCAACACUCUUGGCAAGAAAGGAGAGAGAAGACUACAUCAAUAAGAGAAGAGCAGCCAUCACAUUGCAGUCUCACUUUAGAAGAUGGAAAGUUCAGCAACAGUUAGCUAUUCAACAUGAAGCAGCUACUCUCAUUCAAUCACACGUUAGAGGUCAUUUAGCAUCACAGAAGUAUGUUACUCUAAAGUUAAAAAUCAUUCAUCUUCAAGCUUAUUGGAGGGCAACACUCUUAGCAAGGAAAGAAAGAGAAAGCUACCUAAACAAAAGAAGCGCAGCCAUCACAUUACAG